GAGAAAGAGAGAGAGAGAGAGAGAGAGAGAGAGAGAGAAAGGGAGAAAGAGAGAGAGAGAGUGAGAAAGAGAAAGAGUGAGGACAACGAAGAGGCGAGGCGCCAAAAGAACAUUUAUAUUUAUUUCGUUUCAUUCCUUUUAUUCUUUAUAUAUUACUUUUAUUCUUAUUAUUAUUUUCUUCUUGGUGACUUCCAAAUAAGCCUAAUUCCAACGGAAUCAAGAUAUAUGUGUGUUCUUUAAUAAAAUAGGUAAAUCUCAAGCAGUCGAAGAUCAAGCCGAUAUUAAGAUCAUAUUUGAGAAACAUAUAGUGUUAACCAUCUGCCGCAUAACAAAGAUAUUAUUUAUCUACGAUCGAAGUAAUAUUAGGAAUUUUACUGGGCUAAAAUGCCCGACGUGAAUUCUACUGCUGGCGAGAACCUCGACAUUUUUCAACGAACCAUCAUCUACGAUAAGGUGGUGCGCGGCCAGGGGAACGACGCUCCAUCCUGCUUUCCCGCGAAUAUAUCGUCGUCGUCGUCGUCGUCGUCAUCGUCAUCGUCAUCGUCGUCGUCGUCCUCGUCAUCGACGAUCACCACAUUAGAUCUAUCGUCUUAUCUAACAGACUAUCAAUUUUAAAAACUUCUUUCUUUCUUACUUACUUACUUUCUUUCUUUCUUUCUUUCUUUCUUUUCUAUUAUUUUUUGUUCUUUUCUUUAUUUCUCCUCCUCCCUCAACGAUAUUUUAAUCAAGAGAAAACAUUUGAUCAAUGGUCUUUUGCCAACAUCUUUUAAAUCUCUGAAAGAGAGAGAGAGAGCAUGUUGCUGUCAGAUAUUUUAGAAAGAAGGUUCAAAGAGAGACGUUCUACUUACAAUUUCAACGACGCUAAGAACAUGUUAAUCGGACUACUCUAAGUGCUUGUGUGAUACAAAACCUUUCAACGAGCUAAUAUAACUUUGUCGUUUUAAUCUAAGUUCAUACGUUUAGAAUAGAUUGCAAGUUUGAAUUCUUAAUUUUGUUCUAUCGAUAACGACAAUCUAGUAUGGAAUUACUAAUGUGAACAAAUAAUUAUUGUACUUUGAUUUAUUUCAUUGUAUUCUGUUUAUUGUUUAUCAUAAUUUGUUAAGAGAAGAGCGUUUAAUAUAUCAAUUGUAAUGCCAAAAGACAUUUAAAAUAUCUAUACAAAGAUUAUACAAUUUGGAUCGUUAUAGAAUAUAUUAAGUUUGCUUAAUCCUUAUUAUUAUUAUUAUAAAUGCUCUUUUAAUCAUAGUUCUGAAAACAGUUCUAUGAUAUUUAUUCAUCGAGUCAAUGUUGAUUUUAUAAAGAAAUCUAUCCACCUAUCGUGCUAAGAUGUGCGAGCAGACGGAAAUAAAUUAUUUGGAUGGCGAUGUCGUUUGGGUGAAGUUGGGAGGAUGUUGGUGGCCAGGACAAGUCACUGGUUUUCAUAAUUUACCUGAAGAUAUUCAACGUGAAUUUCAAAAGAAACCAUUGAUCGCUGUUGUCAAGUUCUUUCAAGAAGACACAUACGAAUAUGUCAAAAAUUAUCAACAAAUUUAUAAAUAUAAUUGUACGCUCAAAGAUGAAUUCAUAAAGAAAGGUUUGGAUAAAUAUAGAAGUAAGAUCAAAGAUGGUUCUAGUUACAUGUCCAAAUUUCCUGGAGAUGUUGAAAUGGCAGAGAAAUUAACCGGUGGUGAUCCGGAUAUAUUGAGUAGCAAUAAAUUUAGUCCAGAAGAAAAGCCAGAUAUAUCUGCGUUAUUUGGAGAUAAAAAAGUACCGAAGAAAAGGAAAGAUCGAGAUGAUAUGCAUAGAAGAAGUGAUGCUGGUGAAAGUUUACGAAAAAUUACACAUCCCCGAUUUUUAAAGGAAAGCGAUCACGAAGUUCGUAUUCGACAGCAACCAAGUAGUCUACCGAGUACACCAAAUAUUUUAUCUUCUCCACAAUAUCCUUGUCAUUUGUGCAAUUUUAUUUCUACUCGGGUAAACGUUAUCAUUUGUCACAUCAAAAGUCACAGAUCUGGUAAUUCGUCAGCAUCAAAAUCAAGAGUUAAAACUUAUUCUCAAUCGAAAAGUAAAGAUAUUUCUGAAACGCCUAAAAGAAAAUAUGUUAAGAAAGAAAAGAAUCAACAUAAAAGUAAUAAAGCCGAAAGUCCAAUAGAUUUUGGAAAAAGAAAAUCGAUUAGUAAACAGAGUGAAAAAUCUCCGAAAAAGAAGAAAACUGAUCCAGAACUUCGGGAAAAAUUAUUGGCAGAUUGGGACGAUGAAUCUGACGAAGAAACGAGUUUUGAUCAAACUAAAUCAUUUAAUACUGGUACAAGCAGACCAUCACCUACGAGAGAUCAAUCGUUCAUGGAUGUUACCGAAGAACAUAAUAAAGAUGUAUCAGCUUCUGAGGUAUCAAAUCCUCAUGAAAUUUUAGAAGAAACUGAAAAAUUACUUCGGGAAACAGAAAAAUUUGCAUCUAUUCAAAUAGAUUCAGACACAUUGGCCAGCAUUGUGCAUAAAGUUGAAUCAAAUGUAGAAGAAAAAGAACCAUUAUCUCCAAACCUUGGUAAAAAUGAUUCAACAAAUAAGUUCGAUAAAGAAAAAGAAGUAUCAAAGUCAGAGGUGGAUAAUAAACAUUCAAAAUCCGAUAAAGAUGACAAGAAAUCUCGAUUAUCUUGUUUUGAUUUUGACGAAGAUGACGUGCCCGAGCCGUCUAUACCACCUGUAAGAAAAAUCCCCAGAGUUUUUGGAGAAAAGAAUUUAUCAUUGAAGAAAGAAAUGAUUAAAGAAUUUGAAAUGAGUCAAGCAUUGAAAACUGAGAAAGAAGUGGAAAAUGAUAAAAAUUUAGUUACAACGGAACAGGAAGUAUCUAAAAAGAUAAACAAAACGGAAGAAAUCACAUCAAAAAGUAAUUUAGAAGUGGAAGAUAUCGAUAAAGUCGAUGACAGUAAUAAAAGUUUAGAUACAAACGAUGAAACUACCAAUAAGUUGACCGAAAGUGAAGAUAAGAGUGAAAGAAAAACCGAAUUAAUUUUGGAAGAUAAUGAGAAACGAAUGUCUAGUAAUAAUAGCGAAACUAAAUUAGAAAUAGUUGAAAUUCUUGAAGUUGAGAAGGAAGAAACUGAAAACACUCAAUCUACAAAUAUUAAAAUUGAUAAGGAAUCAGAGUCUAAAACUGUAACAGAUAAAAAUGAUUCUGACAAACCUUCAACGGAUAAAGAAACAUGCGUGGAAGAGAAGUCUGAGAUUAGCAAGACACCACCUGUUACGAAUAACGUUGUAGAAAAAGUUGGAAUAAGUCAUGAUAAUACUGUUACAAAACAAACAGAUGACACAUUGUCAGAUCCAUUUACGACAGAGACAGAAGAUGAAACUGUAUCUGAAUCAGCAGAGACUUUACCUGAACAAAGCGAAAGCUCUGACGUUGACAUGAUCGAAGUGCCUAAAUCUGAGAAGGAUAAUAUUUUAUUACACAAUCCAAAAGGAAAAUUAACUUCCAAGAUUAAAAGAAGAAGAGGGAGGCCUCGAAAAAGUUUGGAAUCUUUAGAUACUUCUGUUGAUGGCAGUGAAAAAACAUCUAAAGAUAAUAGAAGUAGAACGUCAGAAUCUGAUACUGAUCGUUCGUAUAUUGGUAGAAAGAGAAGACCGAGUAAAAAAUAUUUAGAUUCGGAUGAAUCUACGCAAGAUGAGAAGAGUAUUUUCAAAACUGAUGAUAGUCAAUCAGAGGGAGAUGAAAGAUUUCAUGAAAAAAUAAAAGUCAAACCUAGAAAGGGAAGAAAAUUGUCGGGACAAUUAAAAAAGGAUACUAAUGCAAUAAAACAAAUGGGAGAAUUGGAACUAUCUGAAGAAAUGAUGGAAAUUUCAGAAGAUAAUUCUAAUAAAACAACUAACAUUAGUCCAAAGCAUGAUUCUCCUGAUCGAAAUGAGAUCACAAGUGAAUCACAAAUAUCUUCGGAGGUUGAAAAGAAAGCUUUGGAUGAUGAAAUAACUAGCAGUUCUUCUCAGAAACCGUCACUUGAAUGUACAAAUAUGGAAAUUAACGUGGAGAAAUCAGAUAUGACUACUCUUUUGUCAGAGAGUAUAACAUUACCACCCAAAGAUGUUACAGUUGAACCACUAAAAGAAGAAACUGAAUUAUUACAAGUUAUAAAUCAGGAAAAGGAAACAGAUCUUGUAUUAGAAAAAACCUGUGAUGUUAAGGAAUUAUUAAAAAAUGAAGAUGAAGAUGUUUUGAAAGUAGAUAAACCUGAUGAAACAUCUAAUAAUUCCGAUACACAAAAACAAUCGUCAGAUGUUUCAAAAACUGCUAUCGAUAUGUUACCACCAAAAAAAUCUCAAAUAAAAAAAUUUGAGUUAUCUCAACUUGAUAUUCCUUCUGAAAGCACAACCACAAAUCAAGAAACUGAAUCUCAAGAAGAAGAAAAUAAACUUAUUGAUACUGAAGAGAAUAAAACAAAUUUGAAGACAACUGACUUAGAAACUAAAACUAUUGAAGUUUCAUUGGAAAAUAUUGAAAAGACAGAAAGUAAAACUUCGACUGAUGUAAAUGUCGAGGUUGAAAUGAAAGAAAGUAUGGAAAUUUCAAUUACAGAAGAUAAAAAUGUGCAACAAACUGAUACGGUUGUUUCAGAAAAUAUUCCAAAAACUGAUGAGAAAUUAGAAACGAAAAAGGCUGCCCCGGAAAAAGAAGGGGAAGAUGUUUGUAUGGAAAGUACGGAGUCAAUGUCAAAGGAUAUCGAAAAGACCACAAUAAGUGAUCCACAAACAUUGCAAAAAUCAAUACCAACUAGGUAUAAGGGAAAAGCAAUAUUAGAAACAACAGGUGUAAAAUCGAAAAAAGAAAAAGAUACAUUUUUGGAAGAGAAACCGGUAAAUACAUUUCAAGAAGCUUUUUUAAAGACAUUACAGAUAGACAAGAAAAAAGCUGCUUCAGAAGAUAAUGAAUUAAUUACUAGCAAAGGAAAAAAGGGCAAGAAGUCAACAGUCAAACUAAACAGCGAAGAAAUCAAUAAUAUAAAUACAGUAAUAUUUGGUAUACAACAAGAAGUCAAAGUUGGAAAUGUAGAAGAAAACAAAAAUAUGUCAGAAAAUGUCUCUGGUAUACAAAGUCAAGAUAAUCUUUCUGAUAUUUCUAUUAUGAGUGGGUUUCAUGGAGUUGAAGUAGUAGUACAAGAGAAUAUUGAAACUGAUGCAAAAGCCAAUGAACCCGUUUUGCAUAAUACUAGUCAAACUCCAUCUUCAUCCCGUGAUUUCAAUCUGAUAACACAAACUCAACCACAAAUAAUAGAAGAUACUACAAAAUCUACAAACGUAGACUUUCCAAAGGUUGAGGAACCACUAAAAGUAGAAGUUCCUACUCCUUCACCGACUUCCGAAGUUGGUAUACCAGUAAAAAAGCGUGAAAUGCCAAGGAUCAUUGAAAAUGUAACAUUGACAGAGCCAAUGCAAAUUUUAAAAUCUAAACUAUUAGAUAAAUUACCUCAAAAAGGAAUAAAACAUAAAUUGGAUAUGGAUGGAAAAAGUCCUAAGGGAAGUCCUAAAACAAAAAUAAUGAAAAUCGAAUCAUUACCUUCUAACAGUAAAAUGAAAACUGGAUUAAAGGUAAAUUCUCCAAAUCUUUCGUUGACGCAAAAACUUCAGGUAUUAAAAGCGGAAGAAAAUGAAAGUGCAGUUAUUGAAAAAGGAAAUGUACAAACAGCAACUUCAUCAGGAAGUGCAAAAUUCAUACAACAAAGUUCACAAAGUUUGGCUGAUAUGGAUUUGGAUAUUAAUUCAAUGCCAUUCGUUUUAAGCGAAGAUGUAUUAACGCCAGAAUGCAUAGAACAAAUGCCUGUUGUAAUAUCAUCAAUUAUACCAGCAUCUAGUUCAGUAUCACAUACGUUAGCUCUUACUCCUACCACUCAGGUUGUAACACCUAACCAAAUGCAAAUUAAAUCUGUAAGCGAGAGUACUUCUGAAGGAUCUCCUACAAAAAAGAAAAGUGGUACACCAGCAAUUUUGAAAAAUAAAUACAGAACAAAACCUAUAAUUACGAAUAUAAGAACAAUUGUACCACCUCUAACAGGAGGUGUAAAAGGAUUGAAAUUUCAAAACACACCAGCUGGAAAAACGUCACCUGUUGUGGCACAAAAAGCAACACCUGGGAAAUACGUAGUAGUACAUGCAUCCGGAGGUCAACAGUUACGUUAUAGCGUACAGGGAAAAUCUGGAACGCAACAAAAAAUUGCUGUAUCUACUGGAAAAGGUACAGGAAAUUCCCAAGGUGUAGUACAAGGUGGGAAAGUUGUUAUAUUUACAUCAGCACAAUCUGGUCAAACAAAGAUGAUACCAUUAAAUAUAUCAAAAACUUUAAGUGGUAAAAGAAUGGUGACAAACAAAGGACAACUUUUGUGUCCAAUCAGUCCACAAAAUAUUGUUAGUUCAAAGACUAUUAUUGCUCCCAAGGGAGACAAUAAUUCACCAACAACGUCUAAACUUGGUCCAAAAAUUAUAAAUACACCAAGUAUUAUUACUUCCAAAGGAGUAUUGACACCUUUGUCGGCAACUCUGACAAAAACUGCAUUAUUAGGGACCUUGUCGCAAGGUAUUUUAACAAAAGGUGGAAUAUAUACUCCCAUAAGUGCUUCUGCUUUAGGAAAUAGAAUUAUUAAUUCUAAAGCAUUAGUUACAAAAGGUGCUACUAUAUUAUCUUCUCAAAAUAUAGGUGGAACAAAAGCUAUUUUGACACCAAUAUCUCAAGCCAUUGGAGGGAAACCUAUUCUUGGAGCAAAUAUUGUUACAUCUAAAGGUACAGUUCUUACUCCAGUUACAGGACAACAGGUUAAAGCAAUAGUGGCUAAGAGUCCAUCGAAAAGCAGCAAAGUGCAAUAUCAAUCGGUGCAACAAAAAAUACAAUUGUCGUCUACUGCACAAAAAAGUCCAAAAGUUCAGAUGACUCCUUCGUCACAAAGUAGAAGUUCAUCAUCAAAAUCAUCAAGUAGUACUAUGGUAUACCAAAGUACUGGAUCAAGUUCCAAAUCUGCUUCGCAGAGUAAAAAAAUGAAUAAACAAAUAGCUGCUCUUCAACAGAGUGCUACUUCUAUGCAGAAUCUUUCGAGUCAAGGUAAUACACAACAAACGGUUAUGUCACAAGUUCAACAGAAAGGAAAAUCUGCAUCUUCUUCAAGCGUUCAAAAAGUUAUUAUACCUCGAAGCCGUCAAUCUAGAAAUCAACAAAAAAUUCUUGUUCAAAAAGUGCAAGAAACAAACACUGGGCAAAAUAUUCAAUCGAAACAAAACGUUUUAAGUACUCACACUACAUUACCUAAUAUUUCUAAGACAAUAACUCAACAUAAAUAUACAAGUACAAAUACAAUGACUACUUCUAAGGGUGUCACCAAGAGUCAAACAUCAAAUAAACCUUCUCAGAAGAAUUUAUUAAAUAUUGCAAUAAAUUCGGUGACUGGUACAACUGUAAACACUAAUUUGACUGGAUCAUUAUCAUCUCUACCAGCUUUAGAAGCUAUUGAGCCAGAGAAAAAAUUGAAAUUGGAUAAUACAAUGAUUGACAAUGUACCAAAGGAACAAUUAAAAGUAGAGAAAAUUCAUACAGAAAAAAGUACAGAAAUGGAAAAGAUAGAAGAACCAAAGGUGACUACUCAGCCACAGAUCAUGGCUUUACCAACCGAAAGUAGUGACGGUACUCAAACAUAUGUUCUGGUAACUAUAGAUGAACAAGGUCAAAUACAUCCAUUAGAUAAUAAUACAUUAAUGUCUCUUGAGGGAACAACUCAAAAUCCAGAUGGAACAAGAACUUUAUAUAUAGAUCCUAGUUCUUUAGGUGAGGCUGGAACAUUAGAUAAUAUUGUUCUUCAAUUUGACAAUGGAGUACUUCCAAAUGUAUCAACUAAUACUAAUGAAACAACCCAAACAAUAAUGACAGAAAGUUUCCCUACAUCAGAAAUUAUUCAAACAUCAAAUCAAGAUAUCUUGGCAGCAGCUUUAGCUAACACAGAUUUUCAACAAGAAAUUAAUCUACCUGAAAAUCCAGCAGGAAGCGUAAUGACCACUGGAUUGACUCAGACUAGUUUAAUUAAUCAAACAAUUCUACAAUCAACUAUUAUACCACCAACAGAGCCAAUAUCUUCUCCAUCUGUAUUAGAAACAUCCUUGACUUUGAAUCAACCGAUUAUGACACCGCUUGAAGUUCCAAGCAAUCUUCCAAUUCAAUCAGAAUCUACUAGUUCAGUAGUUUCAACGAUACCAUCUUCUUUAGAAUUGCCAAUCACCAUUACAAAUCCUAAUAUUUCAUAUAUAUCUACAGGAGAAACACAAAUUCAAAUUCCUGGUAAUUCGAUGCCAGAUAUUGGAGAAAUCAUGGAUACGUCAGCUUCAACUGAAAUACCAAGAACAGACAUUCCCACUAGCACACAAUAUUUAGUAAUACCUAAUUUAGAUGAAAACAUAACUGUUACAACCCAAGAGACUGCAAGUCGUACUAAUGUUUCUUAUUCAGUUUCAUUACCAUGCAAUAUUGUAUUAGAAACUACACCAGUUCAAACAACUCCAUCAAUGCCUAUAAUAGAUGACACAUAUUCAGAUAAUACUCAAUUUUCAACAUCCGUUCAAACUGCAAUUGUUACACAACACAAUUUUGCCGAUGUACCAGUAUCUGAAAUGUUAGUUUCUAAAGCUUCCAUCACAUCUCCAGUAAAUGUACAAAUGUCAGAUGUUACAGUUACACCAGAAAUAAAUGUGAUUUCCCAAGAAGUUCCUAUACCUUCUCAAAACUCAUCUACUUCGACAAGUGAAACUUGCGUUUUGAAAAAAUCAGAGGAUACAACGAUGCCUUUGGAAGAAAUUUAUCCAACUCCAGAAAUUCCUGUUUCAUCGCAAGAAUUACUUUUGCAACAAAAUAUUAAAAAAGAUGUAACAUGUGACAUAGCAGCUACUACAGAAGAAAAAAUACCUAGUAACGAAAAUAUACUAAAUAUGCAAUUAGUUGAUCAAGCUGUAAAUUCCAUGACCAGUAGUAUGCCUAUUUUAGACAACAAUUCUUUAAUACAAUCACAAUCUAAUGUUAAAGUACAAUCUGUAGAACAUAUGGCAUUUGAAGUUACAGAUUCAGGUGAUAUGGAAACUUCCUCUUCUCAAGAACCGAAUACUGAGGAUAAAUUUAAUCAAUUUUCUUACAAGGAAGAUUCUAAUGUUAAAGUUGCUUCCCCAACGCUCGUAGAACAAACUACUACGACAAAUCCAACGGAAACAAUACAGGAAGUAUUGCAAGGUAUGUCCUCAGCACAAUCAUUAAAUAAUACUAAUGCAGAAGAUAACAAAACAGAGGAACCUGUUGACUCAGAAAUAUAUGACUCCACGGUAAAACCAUUGGAAGAUUGUCAAGCAGAUGAACCAUCGUCGCAAGAUGAAACAGAUGGUAAUCAAGUUCAAAGAAAUAUUCAGCUACAUUUUGAAAAAAUGAAAAUAGAAAAAAUAGAAAGCAAUCAAGAAACGCCUUCACAAUCUUUUGAACAAUUUGAUAUAUCGAUGACGAAUGAUCCAGCAGAUUUACCAAGUCAAUCAGUUUCUAAACUUGAAAAUGCUGGUGAACCAUCACAGUCUGUAACAUAUGAACCGAUGGAGACAGAUGAAGAAACAAUUGCUGGAGAACCACCGACUCAAUCGUUCGAACAUUUAAAGCAAAAUGAAGCUUCUCAGUCUUACGAGACAUCUACCGAGGUGAACGUAAACGCACCCACGCAAUCUUUCAAUGAAUUGAUGCAAAGCCACGACGGAAGAAUCGUUACAAACGAACCAAUCGAUGAUCAAAGUUUUCCGACCCAAAGUUAUGAGGUUGGCAAGGUAGAAAAUAUACAAGAUAAUUUAGAAACAGAUGCUGAAAUUAGCCAAGAAGGAAACAUACCAUCCCAAUCAAAUGAUAUUGGGAAUGAUGGUAUUGGCACAUCAUCGGUUUCUACAAAUAACUCUGGCUUAAAUGAAGAUGAAACAGCCAGUUCAUCUUAUGUUCCAGAAACUCCAGAAAAUCAAGAAAGAGAUCAGGAUCAAGAAAGUGCAAUAAGUACAUCAUCAUAUGAGAUCCCACCUUGCGAGGAAUUGAACAUAGCUUCAUCCAGUACGAUACCAGAUACAUCAGUUAGAGCAGAACAUACGAGUAUCCAUGACAAUGGAGUACCUGAAAUACCAACAUCUUCAUAUAAUCUAAAUCCAGAUAUAACUUCCACUCAUAUUGAUUCUGUACCCUCAUCCAGUUAUGAGGAUCAAGUUAUAGUAGAACAAAAUGUAUCAACUUCUUACGAGGUUCCAGUAUCGAUGCCUGGCCUAGAAGAAACAUCCUCACAAAAUUUUGUUACCGAAAGUACAGAUCAUAGAAACGAACCAUCCAGCUAUUAUACACAUCAUCAAGAAGUAACAGCUAGCUAUUAUGAAUCUGUUGAUCAAGAUGGAAACUCCAGAUUGGAAGAAGAUCCACAAGAGGAGGUAACUCCUAGUUAUUACGAAGGUAAUUCACAAGUAGCAAGUCAAAGUUACUUUACACCACAGGAAGCAACACCAAGUUAUUCCAGUAGAAAUGUUUCUUCUGGUUAUUAUGGUCACAGACCAGAAAGUGAAGCAAGUCAAAGUUAUUAUUCAACAGAUGAUUUAGAAAAAGCUGAACAAUCCAGUUCACAGAAUAUCGAAGCUUCACAAAGUUUUUAUCAAGAACAUACAGAUGAAUUACGAUUAAGGCAACAAGGAGAAGCUACUCCAACAUAUUCUGAACGAUAUCCCGUUGAUUAUACAUUGGACAAUUCUCCAAUUGAAAGGCAUGACCUCGUAGAAAGUUCUGUACCAGCAACUAAGCCUAUGGAAAGGUAAUACAUUGUUACAGAUUUUUUUUAAUUAUUGUAAUGGAAAGUUUCUUUUUUUCUAAAAUAGACUAUUUGGAGUUAUAGUUAUGGAAUUAAUAACCACGAGUCUAUUUUUAAAUGUACAUAGAAUAAUAAGGAAAUAAGUGCUUAGAUUUAAAAGACUAAAUUUUCUUAUAAUAAUUUAUAUCUAUACUUAUAUCUUAUAUAUAGUAUAUAUACAACAACAAAAAUAUAUAUACAUACACAUAUAUAAUAAGCACGGAUGAUACUUUAAUCCGUUCACUCGAUUUGGUACAUAAAUAUUGUAGAUCAGGAUUAAAAAAAAAAAAUGUGAAUUUUAUUACAGUAAAAUAUGGUAUAAGUAAUAAAAUAAUACCUUGUCACACAAAUUGAUGUAAAAACGAAAAAAAAAAAAAUAAUAAUCGUUUGUACGAUAUUCGAAUUAUAUAUGAGUUAAUUCAAUAAUAUAGAAUGGACACUUUAUUAAUCCACUUUUAAUUUUCUCCUUAAAUAUUAUUAUGUAACUUGUUAAGUCAUUUAUGUGAAAAAAAAAAAAUAUCAUAAUAAUAUGUAAUAUCGUUGAGUAGUAGUAAGAUUCACAGAUCAUUCAUUAAAACAUAGUAUAACUUUAUUAGAGUACGCAAACAAAAAAUAUAUAUGGGAUGUUUUAUAUUAUUCAAAAGUUUCGCAUGAUGAUCUGAGAUAUAAUCGAAUCUUAUUGAAAAGAGUUAGUAAAUAUUUUUACAUUGUUAUAUUUCGUGAUUGAAAAUUAUUAAAGGAUAA